GCUUAAAAUUCAUGUAAUCCCCAAAAGUCAUUCGAAAAAUACACGUUAGACGGUUAGGAACCAAAACAAAAUACAAUACAGACAUCCUCGCAAAGGGAUCGACAAUAAAAAGACAUCACGAUAGUGAGAGAUUUCGAUUUGGGGGCAGCCCAGAGAGAGGAUGGAGUAUACUCGUCAGCCCUGUCCCAUACGGAUUGUGGAGGAUUGCGGCUGUGCCUUCAUGAUGGGCACCUUUGGCGGUGCCUUGUUCCAGUCACUGAAGGGAUUCAGGGAUGCCCCGUCCGGACUACGUCGCGGGCUCUACGGCGCAUUGGAUUCCGUGAAAUUGAAGACCCCUGGGAUUGCCGGCAGCUUUGCCGUUUGGGGUGCCACCUUCAGCACGGUGGACUGUGUGCUAGUCCACUACAGACAGCGGGAGGACUCGUGGAACUCGAUUGUGAGCGGCGCUGCCACGGGAGGCAUUCUCGCUGCCCGUCAGGGUGUCCGCCAAAUGGCAAACAGUGCAGUCAUCGGGUGUCUGGUGCUGGCGCUGAUCGAGGGAGCCAGCUCAGCAAUGGCCACAAUCUAUGCAGCCGAAGAUCAGUCCAUCGCUCCAGCAGCGGCCCAUGGCAAGCCGCUGCGUCCCCAGUGGGAAGUAGCCCAGGAUCAGGACGGGUCCAAACAGGGCUUGCAGUUUGAACGAGUGAUGGCCGGCCACAUGGGUACUGCCCCCCAGUCGUUGUUGGAUCUGGUCAAGAUGGCCAACGUUGUCUAGUUAUCAAGUGACUCAAGUAUCUAUAGAAUCUCGUAUCCCAUUUCUGGCCCAGUUCCAAAUUAUGUUCAUGUAUUGGCGUUAGCCCUGUGCCGGAUUCUCAUUCUCUGUUGAAUGUUUUUGGAGUGCAUUAAAUGGAGGUGUCAUUUA